AUGGGUGGAGUUGUUGUACUGCUUGCAGGUGAUUUUCGUGAAACGCUGCCUGUUAUUCCAAAGGGUACAAUGGCUGAUGAGCUUAAAGCUUGCUUGAAAGCUUCAUACCUCUGGAAACAUGUUAUAAAAUUAGAACUGAAAACCAACAUGCGAGUUCAUUUGCAAGGUGAUGUGUCUGCUGGCCAUUUCGCUCAACAACUGCUCACUAUCGGAAAUGGAAAAGUACCAGCUGAACCGACCAGUAGGCUCAUCAGCAUUCCGGAUAAUUUUUGCAAUGUCGUCGAAUCGAUUGAAGUACUGAAGAGCAAAAAUAAAAUAGUAGCUUAUCUUAAAUAUCAAUCAUCUUUAUCAUCACCUCCUCCUAUAAUUCAGUCACCAACAACAUUAAUUUAUAGAGAAACUGAACAAUCAUCAAAUUUAUCAAAUGAUCAUUAUCAACAACAACAAAAUAGAAAUAGAUAUUAUCUUACAAUAACACAUUGA